AUGGCGGAGCACUCCACGGCUGAAGGUCUUUUGGCCUUCUGGCACUCGUACCGUCUACUGUUCCUGGUCGCUCUCUCAACCGUCUUCGUGGGUUUACGAUUCUACCGCAAACUUCAGUCCAGAACGAAAACCACUGCCUCGUCUUCGGUUCCACCAUCACCCCGAAGCCAAUCCCCCGAAAAGACAGAGAAAGGCGUCUCGCUUGAGAGCAGCAACAAAGCAACGACACAGAAGGCUGAACGGCAACCCGCCGUGGCCAACGGCUCAGCAAGAACCACUUCAGGUCCGAAGAGAGUUACCGGUAAAAAGCCAUUGAAGGUUGCCGGACGACGAGGACUCACAGAGGAUGCGGAGCCCCUCGCCUUUAUCCAACCCAUCAUCUUUUACGCUUCUUUGACUGGCAACACCGAAAGAUAUGCCAAAAUACUGCUGGAGGAAUUGCGCGCUGCGGCCCAAAAGCGGGCUGAUUUGCAGGAUCGCGAGCGUGGCCUUCUACCCCCUCAGAUUCACGACCUCUCCUACGUCGAUCUCGACGACUACUUCACCUCUGCACCGAAGCCUCCGUCAAACUCACCCGGUACCGGCUACGUAUACUGCUUAUUGAUCCCUACCUACAACAUCGACAGUAUCCUGAAUACGUUCCUUGACCAUCUUAACGAGACUCAUAAUGACUUCCGCAUCGACACAGGUCCUUUGUCAAGCCUCGCCGGUUACUCUGUUUUCGGAUUUGGUGAUAAGGAAGGCUGGCCUACCGAGGAGGAAGGCUUCUGCUCUCAAGCCAAAGAGCUGGACAAAUGGAUGGCCAAACUAACGAGGCGUAAACGAGCAUAUCCUUUGGGAUUCGGUGAUGUAAAGAGUGACGCUGAAUCCUCCUUGAAAGAGUGGUCUCAGGGAUUGCAAGACGUCCUUUUUGACAUUCUCAAGAACGGUGGACUAGGAGAAGGCGUACCUGGCAGUGGUGAUCCCGUUGAGAGUGACGAGGAAUUGGACGAUGAAGACGCAGACAAGGACAAUACUCAAAAUGUCAUGGACUUGGAGGACAUCAAGUUUGGAGGUGAUCAGAAUGCGGCCGGGUCGCCAAUCCCCGUGGAUUUUACAACCACAGGAAAAUCUUCCUCUGGUCAAUCAACCGAGAAAGAGAUGGUCCCCAAGACAUCACCCACCUACGCUGCUCUAACAAAGCAAGGCUAUACGAUUGUCGGGUCUCACUCCGGUGUCAAGAUCUGCCGUUGGACUAAAUCUGCGCUACGUGGUCGAGGCUCAUGUUACAAGUACUCCUUCUACGGUAUUCGAUCGCAUCUUUGCAUGGAGGCUACACCGUCGCUGUCUUGCAGCAAUAAGUGUGUCUUCUGCUGGCGCCACGGUACCAACCCGGUCGGAACUACUUGGCGUUGGAAAGUGGAUUCUCCGGAGUUGAUCUUCCAGGGAGUCAAGGAGGGCCAUUACAAGAAGAUCAAGAUGAUGCGUGGCGUUCCUGGUGUGCGAGCCGAGAGAUUCGCUGAGGCCAUGCGCAUCCGACACUGUGCCUUGAGUUUGGUCGGCGAACCGAUUUUCUAUCCUCACAUCAAUGAGUUCCUGGACAUGCUGCACGCCGAACACAUCUCCAGCUUCCUGGUAUGCAAUGCUCAACAUCCUGAUCAGCUUGAAGCUCUGCGUCGCGUAACUCAACUAUAUGUAUCCAUUGAUGCAAGCAACCGUGAGAGUCUACGGAAGAUUGAUCGUCCUCUGCAUCGGGAUUUCUGGGAGCGCUUCCAACGCUGCUUAGACAUUCUACGGGAGAAGCGCCAUGUCCAGCGCACUGUUUUCCGUCUUACCUUGGUCAAGGGAUUCAACAUCGAUGAUGAAGUCAUCGGCUACGCAAAUCUGGUGGAGAAGGCACUUCCGUGUUUCGUCGAAAUAAAAGGCGUGACGUUCUGUGGCACAAGCACCACUGCUGGGGUUGGCUUGACCAUGCAGAAUGUACCUUUCUACGAAGAAGUUGCCCAGUUCGUCACUGCUCUCAACGCCGAGCUGCAGCGCCGUGGUCUGAAAUAUGGCAUCGCCGCGGAGCAUGCGCACAGUUGCUGUGUGCUGAUUGCCUCGGAACGGUUCUACGUCAAUGGCAAAUGGCACACUCGGAUCGAUUACGAUCGAUUCUUCGAGCUUUUGGAGAAGGAGAAGGCCGAUGGGUCGUCUUUUACCCCCGAAGACUACAUGAGGGAAACCGAGGACUGGGCACUGUGGGGUAAUGGUGGUUUUGACCCGAACGAUCAGCGUGUAUACACCAAGGGCAAGAAGAAGCAUAUGCAGAUUACGGCAGAGCCUUGA